GGAACAACCACAGACCACGGGUUCGACUCGGGUUGUGCACGUUGCACUCUCACUCUAGGUCUCAUAAAUGUGAAUUCAUAAAUGUGAAGACGCUCAGUGAAUCACCCCUACCUUACGCCAUCUUGUCACACACGUGGGGCCAUGACGAGUCACAAGACUUGGGCAUAGCAUCCAAGAAAGGUUGCUUCGACAAGAUCAUAGCCACAAGCCCGCAGACCAUGGAUGGCGGGUCGGGGUACGCGUGGGCCGACACCAAUUGUAUCGACAAAAGCAGUAAUACAGAGUUCUUCGAGGCCAUCAACUUGAUGUUCGUCUGGUAUGCACACUCGCAUAUGUGUUUUGGAGUAUGUUACCCCUGUUUGGGCGUCUGGGGCUUUCUCGUUCAAUAGCGAUGCGUACGACGAAUUCAAGAACGGUCGUUGGUUCACUAGCAGCUAGACGCUGUAAGAGCUAUUGGCUCCCCCGCGGUUGUAUUUUACACGAGAGGAUGGACUUGCUAAGCC